GUUACUUUUUGUACACCUUUCACUGAUUUAAUCUGGAAAAUAGACACACAACCUAUUUAUAAAUUAUAACCUAUUCUAAAUCUCCAUAAAUAUAUUUAAACAAUCAAAAUUUUCCUAGUUGAUGGAUGGAUCAAAAGAUGGGGAAGGGCAUCUUGGCAGUUUUGGCAGCCACCGCAGGAUCCUUUUUUGCAUUGGGCGCUUACUACCAGCAUAGCGAAGUAAUGAGGAAUAUCGCGUACUUGGAGCAGAGGAAUCCUCAUGCUUACUUCAUUCGUCGCAAGCUGUAUGAUUUGCUGGGAAUCUUUAGUGUAAAAGCCUCCACCAUGGAGCUAGACGAUUCAAAAGUGGAGCGGAAGCACAAGCUUGGCGGGAUUAUGAAAUAUGGAUUCCCCAGCAUGAACGAGAUCAGUCUGAACGAGACCUUUGACUUUGUCACCUCAUUCGAUCGUCGUAACUCUGCCAUACAGUGGAUGUGUGAACGGGUGGAUGUCGCCAAUCGUCCGCUCUAUGAGGACAGAGUCGCCUUAUCUCCAUGUGGCGCCUUCAGCCAGUCAGAGGCAUCAAGGGUUUUCUUCUUGUCCAACAUUAAGCCCUUCAUGAACCGUGGUUUUAAUCUCAGCGUGUGGGAUCGUUUGUUGCGACACGUCAACGAAAUGAGCCAAAAACAUGGAACCGUGUAUGUCUAUACAGGAUCCAUUUACUUGCCACGGGAAAUGAAGACCGGAAGCUGGUUCCUGGAGUACCAAUCGGAGGAUCGUUUCAUGGUUGCCGUGCCAACGCAUUUCUUCAAGGUUAUCGUUGUGGAUCCAAAGUUCGGUCCCGAUUGCACACCUUAUGCUGAGGCGUAUGUGAUGCCCAAUACGCCUCUAAACGAUAAUGUCGAACUGAAGACCUUACUUAGCGAUAUCCGGGACAUUGAGAACGCCACGGGCUUGCGGUUCUUUGAAGGUCUCGAUCGCAACUUUGUCAAUACCCAGGUGCCCAGCUCAACAGAAACUUCUGCCAACAACUUAGUCAAGACUGCACCAAGCAAUCCAGUGAAUGGUAGUGCCUUACAGUCCCGUUUUCUGGUUCCAUAAAUGUUUAAUUUAGUUUGCCAAAAGAUAUUCGUGAAAUUAAAAAAAUAAUAAAAUUACAAGUUCAAGUACAAAAA